AUGCGAGCAAUGCGGUCAGCAGGUGCUCUUUUGAGCUUUUGCCGCGGCUUUGACAGCUCCGCGAGGUUUGGUAAGGAGCUUGGAUUUGGCCACAAGAUGCGUGACAUUCCCGUUCUCACGGGGAAUCCACGACCCGUUGCGAGGGAGGAGGAGUGGCGCUGCGCGUACAAGCUUACCGAGCGCAUGGAAGACGUCGUCAGAGAUGUCCUACGGAAGGACGGUUGGAGUGAAGUUGAGGUGCAGCGGGAAAUGGAACAGAUGUUUGAGAGAAAAGUCCACAACACCCGCUCUUCUUUAAACACGUGGACGACUGUUGAAGAGUUUCAGCGGACGCCUUGGUACCGUCGAUAUAAGCCGACAGACACAUGUGUUGCCAAAUUCAUCUCUUACGAGGUGAUUAAACUGCUGGAACAGGCGUUAAUCCCCCCAUCGCUAAGGACAGAUCCUUAUGCGCAUCUUCGGAAGCGUCACAUGGAGGACAACUGGAUGAAUGACAGAUUUUCGGAAGAGUCCGCAAAGUACAUAACACGAGAGCGGCUGGCCAAACAGACUAAGGGCCUAUCCGGGUAUGGCCAAGUAACCCGAAGAAAGUUUUUGGAGUUUGAUCAAAAGUUUAAGGCAUCAUACAACGGAAAACAACGUGUGAAUGAGUCCUACUCCGCAUGGCUGCAGUCCCUCAAUGAUAAGUGA